AUGGUGGUGGCAAAGAAAUCUCAUCAUGCACAUGGGUGGACGUCUGAUACAGACCUGACUCUUUUGGCUCGCCCUCUAAUGGAUAUCGCAAAAAAGGUUGAAAAGAAGGAGGGAACAGGUGAUAUACAGGUUCUGAGUGUGUAUGAAGUCAUCUACAAGGAGAUGGCAUCAUUGCCUGUCCCUGAUGCUUUUGCUCAGAUGAAGAAGAUCAAGGAUCAGCGAAACCCUAAUGCACCUAAUUUGCUUGUUCAUAACAGCCCGUCUGAAGGUAAAGAAACCGGUGCUCAAGAGCAGCAAGAGUCUGACAAUAUGAAUGGGACUGCACAACUUCCAACUUUAGGAAGUUUGGUCUCAACACAGUGUGUAUCUACGACACCAUCGAGGUCAAAGCGUUCAAGUAUGAUUGAACCCCAACAAGUCUCAACCAAUCCAACACCAAAUCCAUCUCUCCAUAGAACUGCAGGUCCUGUCAAACCAUUAUUCACAUGCCAGGAUGCAUCUACACCUCAGAGUCUAGUGAAUUCUCGUGUUUCAUCUAGAAUACCUUUUCUAGAAAGCUCCCCUGCUCCAGUCCUCAGCCAACACAUAAAUCAGCAUCAAUCAAUCCCAGGCAGAAGCCUUCAAAGAUAUAUAAUGCCAUCUGAAAACCAGUGUUUUACUGAAGCAAGGACAAUCUCUGUUGUAAGACCACGAAGACAGUGUAUCCCCAUCAGAAUUUUUUGCCAGAAUGACAUUGUGCAUGCUGGUGAAGAUGAUGGGAACAAUUCUGUCCAGUCAUUUGGAGUCAGCAUUGAAUCACAUCCAAUGCACCUGGCCCAAACCACUCCAUAUGAAAUCCAGCUGCAAACACCAUCUCUUUCAGUGAGCCACAUGGUACCAGAGUUAACCCAGGAUCUAACAAACAGGCAUGGAUUUUUCAGGAUUGAAAGGUCACCUGAUAGUCCAGAGCCUGUUAGAGAUGUGGAGAUCGUUAUCAAGCAGAUCAGAACCCAAAUGCUAACAGAAACACCGGAACAGGCUACAACGCAUGAUUUAAGUCCGUUCCAUAAUGAGUCUAAUUUACAAGAACCAAUCAACAUUGGCUGGGAAGCACAUGAGGAGCCUCAAUCAGACACCUUAGCAGAAGAAAACACCUUUGUGUUCUCACAAAGUCCAAUUUCCCAGUCUCCUCUUACUCGGACUCAAAGUCCUUCUGAUCAGUUUCAAUCAAUAGAAGAUUUUCUAGAAAACUACAAUGGUCGAAAGCCUCUUAUCGGUCUACAAGCUGUUAUUAAGUGCCAGAGCGUGGAUGGGAAUCCACCUCCAUGCUGUUACCUGUGUCAGCUGUGCUCUUUGAAGCUGAAGAAGAAAAAAAUAUUCAGCCAUCUGACUGGCUGUGAUCACCAGCGAAACUACUUAAAAGCUCUCCAUCCACAGCUCUUGCCUAAAAAGCGUAAACACUGCAACACAAAUGAGAUGCUUGAGGAUAUUGCUAUCCAGCUGGAGAAAGAGGGUGGAAGAGGACAUAUAAAGGUGAUGAGGUUGUCUGCAUGUCUCAUAAGUGAGGUACUGGAAAAGGAUUAUCAUUGGUGCAUGAGGGUGUUGAACUGUGGAGCCGAGGUGGGGUGGAGAUCAGGUCUGUUGUCUUUCAAGGAAGGAACUAAAAACACUACAGGUCCCAGUCAUACUCUUAAACGGCCAGCAGAGUCUGUGCUGCCCCCUUCUGAUAACAACACCACUGGUCCCAGUCAGACUCUUAAACAUCCAGCAGAGUCUAUGCUGCCCCCUUCUGAUGCACGGGCUUUUAUAGCUCCUGCUGGAGCUCCAACCCAUCAGAUGUCCAAAAAAAUGAAGAAGGGUCAUCCUAAGAAAGUAGUAUGUACAAACAAAGUUAAGGAGCCUGUGUUUAAGGUAAGCCUGUCACUGCAGGAGGGACCUGUUAUCAUUGAGAGAACAUCUCUAAGAGAGACAACCACAGUGGCGCCUGAGAUCGAAGACCAAAGCCCUGCAUCCACAUGCGCAGACAAUGAUGCACUGCCUUUAGCGACUAACACGCAUUCUGAAGUUCAGAUGUGCUUUCACAGCUGUAUGUAUGAGGAACAGUUCACUAAUCCUGUUCAUUAUGCAUACUCAGGGCAGUUUGACCAGUCUCAAGUUAUUCAAUAUUUUGAGCCUUCUCUCAGACCUAGGGACUGUGGUCCAGUGGAUGAGGUGGUCACUGUCAGGUAUGCUGAUUGGCCGCUGCAGGACUCCAAAAAACACUUUGAAGAUGAAGUAAAGGAAACUAUGCUCCUCAGAUGUGCUAGGAAGGAGGAGGAAGAUGCAUUAACUGCUGAAGCCCUACAGUUGGAGGGAACACUGAAUGAAAAGGAAGAGUUAAACAGAUCUCUGCAGCUUAAAUGUGAGGACCUCCAGCUAGAGGCACAAAGGCAGCUUGAGCAGAACCAUCAGAAAGAGGAAGUAGUAAAGCAGUACUGCUUUCAGAUCCAGGAGACCAAACUUAAGCACAGAAAGAUUCGGAUGAAGUUUGAGAAUCAGCUUCAGCAAUUAAUGGAGCAGCAUAAAAACCUGUCCACCGUCUUUACUCCACAAAGACUUCCAGCAGAAAUACAGUCUGCAGAGUACACCACUGAGCAGCUGUUGAAGGCUGAACAACAGAAGCUGGAGCAGUUGACCAAGCUUCUGGACGGGUUAAGCCACACCCAGAAUGCAGAGAUGCACAUGGACACUUGUGAAAAAGCACCAUGAAUACCUCAAACUGAUUUUGCGAACUUAAGCUGAGUAUCUAAUACCUUCAAACAAAUAUGAAUUUUACAAAGAAGCAGCUUAUAUAUUCUUUUCCAUUCUGUUCCAUUGUCCUAAUUUAACUUGUUACCAACUGUAUUGUCAACAAAUGCUUGAACAAAUACUGUUUAAAACCUAAAUUAAACC